CACUUGCGCUGGAAGGGGAAAGUCUCUAAAAGGACGCUCUGGGAUGGGUUCCUAGCGAUCACGCAGGGACGGUGGUGACGGUCCCCGAGGGACAUGACUGAAGAGCAGCAGCUAUCAGGUUGUUCCAAGAUCUCUGAAGAUCCAGGAAAAGCCGUGUUGACCAGAAGCAAGACAAAUGACUCACAGAGAAAAAAGAUGGAGAAGUCAAGAAUAAUUAAAGGUUCUGCACGGAUGGUACCUGAGCUGGCUUCCGGAAGGACAUGAUUCAGACUGUUCCAGACCCAGCAGCUCACAUCAAGGAAGCGUUAUCUGUUGUGAGCGAGGACCAGUCCCUGUUUGAGUGCGCCUACGGCACCCCACAUCUGGUGGCCAAGACAGACAUGACCGCGUCCUCCUCCGGCGACUAUGGACAGACAUCCAAGAUGAGCCCACGCGUCCCUCAGCAGGACUGGCUGUCUCAACCCCCAGCCAGGGUCACCAUCAAGAUGGAAUGUAACCCUAACCAGGUGAAUGGCUCAAGGAGCUCCCCCGAGGAGUGCAGCAUGGCCAAGGGCGGGAAGAUGGUGGGCAGCCCGGACGCCGUGGGCAUGAGUUACGGCAGCUACAUGGAGGAGAAGCACGUGCCGCCCCCAAACAUGACCACCAGCGAGCGCCGGGUCAUCGUCCCAGCAGAUCCUACGCUAUGGAGUACGGAUCAUGUCCGGCAGUGGCUGGAGUGGGCAGUGAAAGAAUACGGCCUUCCAGACGUCGACAUCUUAUUGUUCCAGAAUAUCGAUGGGAAGGAGCUGUGCAAGAUGACCAAAGAUGACUUUCAGAGGCUCACCCCGAGCUACAAUGCUGACAUCCUUCUGUCACAUCUCCACUACCUCCGAGAGACACCUCUUCCACAUUUGACUUCAGAUGAUGUUGAUAAAGCCUUACAAAACUCUCCACGGUUAAUGCAUGCUAGAAACACAGGGGGUGCAGCUUUUAUUUUCCCAAAUACUUCAGUAUAUCCUGAAGCUACGCAAAGAAUUACAACUAGGCCAGAUUUACCUUAUGAGGCACCCAGGAGAUCGGCCUGGACCAGCCACGGCCACCCAACCCCCCAGUCAAAAGCUGCUCAACCAUCUCCUUCCACAAUGCCCAAGACUGAAGACCAGCGUCCCCAACUAGAUCCUUAUCAGAUUCUUGGACCGACAAGUAGCCGCCUUGCAAACCCAGGGAGUGGACAGAUCCAGCUGUGGCAGUUUCUCCUGGAGCUCCUGUCGGACAGCUCCAACUCCAGCUGCAUCACCUGGGAAGGCACCAACGGGGAGUUCAAGAUGACGGAUCCGGAUGAGGUGGCCCGGCGCUGGGGAGAACGGAAAAGCAAACCCAACAUGAACUAUGACAAACUCAGCCGUGCCCUCCGUUACUACUAUGACAAAAACAUCAUGACCAAAGUCCACGGGAAGCGCUACGCCUACAAGUUUGACUUCCACGGCAUCGCCCAGGCCCUCCAGCCCCACCCUCCCGAGUCGUCUCUGUACAAGUACCCCUCGGACCUCCCGUACAUGGGCUCCUAUCACGCCCACCCGCAGAAGAUGAACUUUGUGGGCCCGCACCCUCCGGCCCUCCCCGUGACGUCAUCCAGUUUCUUCGCUGCGCCCAACCCCUACUGGAAUUCACCCACGGGGGGCAUCUACCCUAACACUAGGCUGCCAGCCAGUCAUAUGCCUUCCCACCUGGGCACUUACUACUAAGGACCAGAGAGAGGGCGUUCCCAGCAACACACAGUCACCAGUCAAUUGCCACCAACUCUGUCAGAGACCAUGAAUCAAAAGUGCCUCAACAGGAAUGACAACACUUGGCCGGGGGGCCCGGGGUAAGAAGCCAGGGGAGCAAAUCCAAAGACAUAGUGGGAGGGAGUGACUAAAGUAUUAACGACAGAUGAAGAGGAUGCUACAGAUAUAAGGGGACAUGGACAUUUAAUCCGGACCAACCUUGCAAAAGACAUUGUAAGUAGAAGCAUGAAGCCAUCAGGACAACGUGCCAAAGAACAUGCUCGGAACAAGUGGAUAAACGUUAGAGCAGCCGCGGAGAUCCUGCGCGUGCCAACUGGGAUUAAACUCGAGCAACAGCGAUCACACAGUCUGAACCUAACACGCCCUUUCUAAUGUCAUUUUAAGAAAAACUACCUGUAUUUAAAGAGAGAAACAUAUCAGAAAACAGAAAAAAAAGAAAAGAAAAGAGAAACCGUAGCCCGUCAACGACGUUGACCUGGAACUCAUUGGCACUUGGUGUUUUGGGUGACCUGAGAUGCGUUCCAUUUGAUGGAGAGCUGUCAGCUCUCUCCAACUGUGAAGACAACCCAACGCUUCCAGCUCCUUUGCAAUAGGACAGGACUCUGAGCCGAACGGUGGGGUGGGGCUGCGGUCGUGGACGGAGGGCGAGCCUGCGGAUGUAGACAGAGGGCUGGAGCAGGUGGCAGAGGCGGAGAAGGAGGAGGCAAGGCCUGGGACUGGGAGAGAAACUUCUCGAGCAGUGAAGACUGGACUUAGGAUGGGUUGGGACCACGGAGAAGGCAUGAGGGAAAUUUAAGGCUUAAGGAGGUCCGUGUGAUGCCAAAUCCAGGGUUAGGAGGAAGGACACAGCGUCACGGGGCAGGGCAGGUGGUAGAUCUCAGAAACAAAAUCAAGCAUCUCUUUUUUUUUUUAUCAAAAGAAAAAUUGUAACUGGAAUUGUAUGAUAUAUUUUUAAAAAAAAACAUUCAGGACCUCAUCCUUAGGUGGGGGCUCUGCUCUCCACGGGGUCAAGUAAGAGCUGGCCCUCUGGGCUACCACAAUCUGAAAUCAGCGAGGCAUCGGGGUUAGGCGGGCUCGUUUUCCUUUUGAGUCGCGAACGCUGUGCGUUUGUCAGAGUGAAGUAUACAAGUCAAUGGGUUUUUUUUUCCUUUUUAUAUAAUAAUUAUAUAACUUAUGCAUUUAUACACUACGAGUUGAUCUCGGCCAGCCAAAGAUACACGACAAAAAGAGACAAUCAAUGAUAUAAUGUGGCCUUGAACUUUAACUCUGUAUGCUUAAUGUUUACAAUAUGAAGUUAUUAGUUCUUAGAAUGCAGAAUGUAUGUAAUAAAAUAAGCUUGGCCUAGCAUGGCAAAUCAGAUUUAUCCAGGAGUCUGCAUUUGCACUUUUUUAGUGACUAAAGUUGCCUAAUAGAAACUUGUGCUGAACCAGGGUGGGUUCGGGGUUAUAGUUUUACUUUGUCCAGGAACUUGUGCAAGAAAGAGCCAAACAAAUGGCACGUUUGGCACCCAAACAGUGUUGGCCUCUGGAGGGGCCUUCUGGCCAGCCCCUUCUUAUUCCUGGCCCCAUCUGGAGCAGAAGGACCAGAGGUUUCACAUGGGAACCUCCAGAAAGAGGCUUCUAAACCAGGGGUUGUCGUUGAGAAAUUCCAGAUCCACACCCAGCCACAAAUCAGCCAUGAUCAUACAACAUCCCCUGGGUGGUGAGCAAGCUGUUACUCUCAAUGUAACUGUAUUACAGUUGGCAAAUAAAGCAUCAUGGAGAGCUGCAUUGUCCCCCUUUAAUGAGACAAGGGACAGCUUCUAAAUUUGCCACUUGGCUUCUCCAUCAAGAGGAUCCCACCAGGUGGAUGGUGGCCUGGACCUUCCCACGCCAGGAGAAUCUGGGUACCAGGGUUUGGGAUUCACCAGCCCUGAGCCUGACAUAUUAUCAGACACUGUUUAUUUCUCUGAUCUGAAAUCAACUCCCUUGACAUCUUUUCUGUCCUGUGUGCCACCAAUGAUGCCAGCCUUGGCCAAGGUGAAGGCAGUUUGGGAGGUGGGAGGCAGGGCCGUGUGAGUGGCUUUGCAAGACUGAGCAGCCUCUAGGCCUGAGUCCGUUUCUGAAUUGGCCCAUCUCCUAGCUGCUUGAGGGCUUGUUUUGCACUCUGUAAUCCUUCUGUGAUGAUUAAAUGACGUUGCCAAA